ACCGCAGUUGUGCGACCGCAUUUGGCGGGUGAACAGCGCUUGACAGACUGACAAAUUGGCCGACUGACUAAUUGACAGAGAGUGCGCCGACAGACAGUGGUCGAGUCUUGAGGGCUUCACCUAUACAGCUCCAGUGCGAAAGCAAUCAUAAUAAAUCAGACCGAAAUGUGGAGUCAACUACAAAGUGUUCUGUGGCCUUUGAUCUUGACCUUUGCCGCCGUGACGUUGGCUCAAGAUUUCGGCUACGGCGGGAAGCAUGGACCGGAGCAUUGGGGCGAGGACUAUAAGAAGUGCAGCGGCAAGUUCCAAAGUCCCAUAAAUAUCAAUGUGCUGAAUGUAAAGUUCAAGACGUAUUGGCCAUUCACCUACGAGAAUUUCGAUGCAACGCCCAAGCGCGUCCACUUGACCAACAAUGGGCACACGGUCCUCGUCACCAUGGACUUUGACAAGGACAAGGUGCCGCGCGUGAAGGGCGGCCCAUUGGAGCGCAAGACCUUCUAUCAGUUCGAGCAGUUCCAUUUCCAUUGGGGCGAGAACGACACGGUGGGCAGCGAGGAUCUGAUUGACAAUCACGCCUAUCCCGCCGAGCUGCAUGUGGUCAUGCGCAGCCUGGACUAUCCAGACUUUCAGAGCGCCCUCAACAAGGAUCAUGGCUUAACCGUGUUUGCAUUCUUCUUUCAGAUAAUGGCUGACGACAAUCCCAAUUAUAGGGAAUUUGCUGAGAUGCUCGGCUCGAUAGAUCGCAAGGGCAAGUCUGUGGACCUGCCGAAUCCCUUGCCUUUGCUCAAGUUUUUGGGCACGAAUCUGGAAGGCUAUUACACCUACAUAGGCUCGUUGACAACGCCGCCCUGUGCCGAGGAGGUCGUUUGGGUAGAUUUCACUGAGCCCAUAGCUAUAUCGGAAUAUCAGCUGAGUCACUUUCGUCUGCUCACCGCCAACGAUGAUCAUUUGAAGAACAAUUUCCGACCCACCCAACCGCUCAAUGAUCGCAUCGUUUACCGCAAUGAGCCCACCGACGACGAUCUAUUCAUGCCCUGGAGCUCGAUACCUUUCGUGGAUGCGGACAAUGCAGCUGGCUGCCUGCCGUACGGCGUAGUCGGGGCAAUUUCUGCUGGCAUCGGCUGCCUGUUGUUUGGCUUGUCAAGGACUCUGUUUUAGUGGCUUUUAAUUAGAGCCGCGUUUCGUGUGGCGGGGGGCGGGACUGAGCAGGCCUGGGUUGGGUUUGGGGUUGGGUUGUGCGGCCAUUAUCCCGUGCAUACGUUUUGUAUUAAAUCGCAUCGCACUCGCAUGCUCAACAUUUUAAUUAAGCCCCGUAAUUUAGCUCUACCUCGACGCUGCUUUGUGUGCCGACAAUUUAAAUAUUUGUGCCGAGAAUGGGCCAAGGAUGAACUGGGAACUUGACCCAAUACGCUAAGCACAUGUCGAAAAUUAAUAAGCGCACAUGCCACAGCCACGCCCACGUGCCCAUUUAGGUAUGAGUAACAAAAAAAGAAAAGAGAAAAACAAAAAAACAAA